AUGGCGAACCGCGGCGCAACAUGGGACCCCAAGGUCCAUACCAUCCGCGAUCUGAUGGAGCUGGGAAGCAAGAAGCUGCCUAAGAUGUACAGGGACUACUACAACGAAGGCGCCAUGGAUCUUGUCACCCUGAAGGACAAUGAAGAGGCAUACAACCGUUACAAGAUCCUUCCUCGGAUCCUCGUCAACGUCGACAACAUUGAUCUUUCCACGACAAUUUUUGGUACCAAGGUUUCAUUUCCCCUCGGUUUCAGCCCAGCAGCGAUGCACAAGCUGGCGCACCCAGACGGCGAGGCCGCGACAUCACGCGCCGCGGCGAAGAUGAACAUUUGCAUGGCCUUGUCUUCAUAUGCGACGGAAUCGAUGGAGAACGUGGCCGCGCAAGGGCUGGGAAAUCCCUAUGUCAUGCAGCUGUGUGUGCUUAGAGACCGUGAGACGACAAUCCAAAUACUGAAGAGAGCGGAGGCUUCGGGAUACAAGGCCAUCUUCCUUUCUGUCGACACACCACUCCUUGGCCGCCGUUUGAACGAAUACCGCAACAACUUCACCCUGCCGGAUGGCGUUGAGUGGCCAAACCUCUUGUCUGAUGGAAAGAGCGAGUUGAGCGGUGCGAUCAAAGACGAGCAGGCUGUUUCUAAGCAUGACUUCGACCCUUCCCUCGACUGGGAUAGCGCGAUCCCGUGGUUGAAGCAGCACACAAAGCUCCAGAUUUGGUUGAAGGGUGUGUACAACCCGGACGACGUAGCGAUGGCCAUCCGGUACGGCAUCGACGGUAUUGUCAUCUCCAACCACGGAGGCCGACAGCUGGACGGAGUUCCCGCCACCCUCGAUGCGUUGAGAAUUUGCGCACCUGUGGCCGCAGGAAAGAUUCCCAUCGCGGUCGACGGAGGCAUCCGACGCGGAACCGAUAUCUUCAAGGCGCUCGCACUUGGCGCAUCUCACUGCUUCGUUGGAAGAAUUCCCAUUUGGGGUCUGGCUUACAAUGGCCAAGAGGGUUGCGAGCUUGCGCUGAAGAUUCUUCAGUACGAGCUCAAGAUUGCGAUGGCCCUUGCAGGAACGCGGACCAUUGAGGAGAUUUCGAGGGGUCAUGUGGCAUACUUGAACGGCAGUGGAGUUCUGGCAAAGCUGUAG